AUGAUGUACCGCCCCACUCCCCGGGCGGAGUCGCCGUCGCACCAGCAGCUGUACAAGCCGCACAUGGAGUCCACCCCGCGCCGCACAAGAUCCGUGACCCCGAUGCACAACAGCCUUCUCCUCUCCAUGAUUCCACGGGCGCAGUCGUCGCACAGCAGCAGCCGUGUAAUGACGACCUCUGCCAACGGCGCGCGCUCGAAGAGCAGGCGUUUGGAGGACAUGGUUUACGUGGCAGAUGUGAACCCCACGUACUCUGUGGCCGCAGCGGUGCGCUGCAUCGCCCCUGUGAACGACCGCGUCAUGUGGACAGCCGAGUACAGUGGAACGCUCUGCAUCCGUUCUCUGCCCAAGGGUACCGCACUGAAGGAGCUGCCGGGCCGGGAGGACUCCUACUGCAUCUCCCUUCUGUACCUCCCGAGCGAGGAUGUGGUGUGGGCUGGGUUCCAGGACGGCUACCUGCACGUGUACAGCGCCAAGAACACGGACCUGCUAAAGGAGAUGAUGGUGCACAGCGGUGGAGUGAACUGCAUGAUCGAGAUCGAGGGAUCCGUCUUUACAGGGGGUGGUAACUGGAAGUUGUGUCAGUGGGACCCGACCGAUUGCGACGCCCAGCUCCAACGCAGUCUGCACGGCCACACCGGCGGCGUCCGCUGCCUUGCCUUGUACAACGGGCCCACAGGUGCCGUCAUCUUCUCCGGCAGUGACGACGGCACAGUGCGAGCGUGGGACCCGUACGAGUCGCUGCCUGCCCAGGAGAGCACCGAGGCCAACAUCCACACCUUCACCGGACACGACCGCGCCGUGCUGGCGUUGGCGGUCGUGCCACACGCGAGCCAGCUGUGGUCCGCUGGCGAGGACUUGACGCUGCGAGUGUGGGACAUGCGCUCGCUUUCGUGUCUCGCGGUCUGCCGCGGCAACCACACAGCACCCAUCUCGAACUUGAUGGUGGUAGAGUCGCGCAUUUGGUCGGCCGACAAGCACGGCCACAUUCUGAUCUGGGACAUUGCAACGCGGUCGCUGCUGCAGGACCUUGCGGAACGCGUGCCGUGCUACGGCCUCGAGAAGGGUAUGGUGCUCGCCAUGCAGAAAGUGCAGCCAACUACGGCGUACAAGGUGUGGACGGCCUCCUCGAACGGUGUGUUGCAGUGCUGGAACGCCGAGACGAUCCCCAUCAUCUUCGACGACGUGGCCAUCUCCAGUGGCGUCUUCAAAAUCCCCAGCGCAGGGCCGGCAGCGCCGCCGGUCAUUACCGCUGGCAUCGGGCGCAGCGCAUCAGCAACACCGGCCGUCGGUAAUCCUGCGGACGUUGCGGGCAGCUCUGCUCUGACCGUGGCGUCCUCAAACAAUUAUAGGGACACCGUCAGCAGCAGCCACAGAAGGGACAACUUACCCGUAUCGGCCCCCACCACGCAGGUGCAGGAGUAUAUUCGCAGCCUGCAGGACGAGCUGGAGGCGACGAGGCGAGACGCGAAGCUCAACUACGAGAAGUAUCGUAUGGAAGCUCAGCGCGAGAUCGAGACACAGCAGCUGCUCGCGCAGGAGAACGAUCGCCUACGUGGCCUCGUCCAAGAGCUCGAGAAGCGUGCCGGUGAGCCUCACGAGGGGUUGGACGCGCCGGUGCAGGGGUCGCAGGGGACUGCCUCCCAUCACAUGAUGGAGGAGGAGGUGGUGCGCCUCCAAAGCAUGCUCAUCGAUACGCAGCGCCAGCUGGACGAAGCUCUGGAGCGGCAGCUCGAGCUCGAGGCCGAGCUGGACCGGCACCAACCUGCGUCGUCGUCUCUGCACAUGUCGAGCAUGCCCAUCCCACCGAAGGGCGCCGCGUCAGACCCGUACCGGCAGUUUAUGCGCCAAGACGGAGUGGCCGAGUUGCCAAGCACAGUCGACGACGCGUGCAGCGACAGCUACCUCAGCUCUGUCUCACCUGGCGGGCCAGUGAACACCAGCACGAACCCGUUCAGUGCGUUUCUCUUCACGUCCUGCCAAGACGACGGAGAGAGCGCAAGCCACGCCGGCGUGCCGGUGGAGCACACCCGCCUCUCUCGCCGCUUCAAAGGCGGCAACUGGCAAUACAUCAUGGAGGAGAAGCCGCAUGAGCUGCGCAGCACCUUCAUCGCAGACUUCUGUGCGGGCGUCGGUGUGGCACCGACGCAGCUGGAAUGGGUGGGCCUGAGCCUUGGUAGCCUUGUCGCUGAAGUCGAGGUGGUGCACCCAGCGAGCGUGCCGGCGGCGGAACUAGAGCGGCGCAUGCAGACCUACCGCUUCCCUGCCCUCAUGCGGCUCCAUACGGACGCCUUUACGGCAGCCAAGACGCCCCCGGACACCGCAGCUGCCACAAUCAACGACCUUCAGCGGCAACUAGUGAUGGCGCAGGAGAAGCGCCGUGGCGAGCCAUCGCCGGAGCCGCAGCAGCCCCGCAGCAACGACAACAGCUCCCACAGCGAAGGCAGGAUCAGCGCCUCGGAGUGGCAGCGGCUGAAGGACCAGAACAACACCCUCCGUGACACCCUGCAGCGUCAGAUUAAGCUCAUCAACGACCUCAAGAACGAGUCUGCGGAGAAGGAUGCCGAACUGGCCGAUGCGCGUGCGCACCUGGAAGACGCGGAGAAGAGACUGCAGGAGGCCCAGGAACAGCUCCAGGACAGAACACCAAGUGCUUCACCGCAGCGCACUCUCGACUCGACCGGGCCCUACACAGAGAAUUACGGCCGAGAUCCACCGCACGUCGACGGUACGGCUCGCAAGGAGGCCUCAGAGUUUGAGCGGCUGACAGAGCUGGUUGCAGUGCCUCUGGCGCAGGAGAUGACUGCCGCCGCGGGGCGGGCGGGAUUGCCCCCAACAGCGGGCGUCGGCGGCAAUGACGAGGAUCAUGAGGCUCUGAAGAGAUACCUGCACGAGCAGCUCAAGCCAAUGGUAUCGCGCCUGAAGCGCGAGCAGGGCGAACUGCAGCUGGACAAUGGGAAUCUGAAGAAAAGGAUUGGGGAGCUGACGGCGCAGGUGCAGCAGCAGCAGAAGCAGCUGGAGUCGGAACAUCAGAAGAAGGCGCCAGUGCAACCGGUGCUUGCCAACAUAAACUCAGACAAUGAGCUGCAGAGGCUCCGCGAGGAACACGACGCGCUGAACAACUAUCUGCAUGAGCAGCUCAAGCCGAUGAUCUCGCGUCUGAAGCGCGAGAAGGGUGAACUGCAGCUAGACCUGUCGCGCUCCCGGGAGGACUUGCAGAGGGCGUGCGACAUGUACGACGGGGCCGCCGCCGCGCUGGAGGAGGAGCACGUGCGAGAGGAGAAAAUGGGCGAGGCGAUGGAGGCGCUGCGGAAAGCUUUAGAAGCGGAGCAGUUGAAGAACCAGUCGUCGAGGGAAGAAUCCGCGGUCGCGGGUGCCUGGGACGACAGCCACGCUGCGAACUCUGCGACUUGUCAGGGUUUUGAGAUACUCGCCGGGCGGCCUACGCAGCCGACGCAGCUGCGCAGCGGUGGCGGCUCCGCUGAGCCGCGGAAAGAGGACGCUGAGAAGGACCCUCUCGAUAAGCUCGUGGCGCUCAACCUAGACCUCUCUGUCCGUCUGGCAGAUGCGGAGACGGUCAUUGCGCAGCUGCAAAACUCACUGGCCUGCUCCUCCAGCCAGAUGGCUGAGCAGCGCGAUGAGACGCGGCGGCUGCUGAACAAGAUCCAGCAAUACCAGCAGAGCGGGGCGCGUUUACCUGACUCGAGCGGGGCGGGUCGGUGCUCCAGUAUCGAUAACGUUGUGAGCAGCGCCUCCCCCUCCAAAUCGCCGUCGCAGAACCGCCAGUGA